GACGCGAUGGUCCCCUCAGACGCCGGUCGGACAGAGUGUCCCUCUCUUAUAACCGACUGUCCCGUUGCGCUCCUGAACUCCUUCUUCGUUGCCAUUCACUAGUCACUGCUCAGCUGUUCUGCAUUAAUCCAUCCCAGAAACCAUCCCAUAAACAAACAAAACACCGCCACAAUGGUCAAGGCCGUCGCUGUCCUCCGCGGAGACUCCAACAUCAAGGGCACAGUCACCUUUGAGCAGACCUCAGAGAGCGCCCCAACUACUGUCUCAUGGAACAUCACCGGCCACGACCCCAGCGCUGAGCGUGGCAUCCACGUUCACCAGUUUGGUGACAACACCAACGGCUGCACAUCCGCUGGCCCUCACUUCAACCCUCACGGCAAGACCCACGGUGCCCCCGGCGAUGACGAGCGCCACGUCGGUGACUUGGGUAACUUCAAGACCGAUGCUCAGGGCAAUGCUGUCGGAUCUGUCCAGGACAAGCUCAUCAAGCUGAUUGGCGCCGAGAGCGUUCUCGGACGCACCAUCGUCGUCCACGCUGGUACCGACGACCUCGGCCGUGGUGGCAACGAGGAGUCCAAGAAGACUGGCAACGCUGGCCCUCGCCCAGCCUGCGGUGUCAUCGGUAUCGCCAACUAAAUAGGGCCAGCUAAAGAAAAGCGUCACGAUAAAUUGCAGGAGGAUGACGCACGUAUCUGCUAUCUGUUAGUUAUUAUGAAACAGCCUAGAAUGCAAUACGGACACGAUUAGUAAAUCAAA